AGCAAGUGUUUCCUUUGGGCUUGCUGUCUGCUACGUUUGGCAGCAAGAUUCUGCUUAUAUAUCUGUCAAGUUUAGCUCAUAACUCAAAGGCAUUUAAUUCUCUUGCUAGAUAUUUUAUUUUCUACAUGUUCCUGUUGGAAACUAGCUCGCGAGGUGAACCGAACCUUGUCUGAAAAGCAUCUUUGAAGCACGAAAUUACGAUGCCAUCCCCGAUGGAGGGAUCUUCCAGAGAAGGUGACCUGUUUACUGUGAAACAUGAGCUGAAAAAUGCCAACCUGACGGGCCAUGUAGAGAGGGUGGGCAUUGAAAACUUUGAGCUAUUAAAGGUGCUGGGCACAGGAGCAUAUGGCAAGGUGUUCCUGGUGAGGAAAGUGAGUGGUCAUGAUGCAGGAAAGCUAUAUGCCAUGAAGGUUUUGAAGAAGGCCACUAUUGUACAAAAGGCAAAGACUGCUGAACACACACGGACAGAGCGGCAAGUGCUGGAGCACAUCCGACAGUCUCCAUUCCUCGUCACACUUCACUAUGCCUUCCAGACGGAUACCAAGCUGCAUCUCAUUCUCGAUUACGUGAAUGGUGGAGAGCUCUUCACACAUUUGGUGCAAAGGGUGCGGUUUAAGGAGCAGGAAGUAGCCCUGUACAGUGGAGAGAUUGUGUUGGCUCUGGAGCAUCUACACAAGCUUGGGAUCGUCUACCGGGACCUGAAACUUGAGAAUAUUCUACUGGAUUCAAAUGGUCAUAUAGUUCUCACAGAUUUUGGCCUCAGUAAGGAAUUUGAUCAGAUGGAAAGGGCUUUCUCUGUCUGUGGCACCAUCGAAUACAUGGCUCCAGAGAUUGUGGAGGGAGGAGAGUCUGGGCAUGACAAGGCGGUGGACUGGUGGAGCCUCGGCGUGUUGAUGUACGAGCUUUUGACUGGCGGAUCACCCUUCACCGUCGAUGGAGACGAGAACUCACACACAGACAUUGCCAAGAGGAUUUCAAAGAAGGAUCCUCCUUUCCCCAAAGACAUGGGACCACUGGCCAAAGACCUCAUCCAGCGACUCCUUAUCAAAGAUCCAAAGAAGAGAUUAGGCUCAGGUCCUAAUGGAGCUGAGAACGUAAAGAAACAUGCUUUUUACCAGAAAAUUAACUGGGAGGACUUGGCAGCUAAGAAGGUGCUCGCUCCAUUCAAGCCAGUGAUUCGGGAUGAGCUGGACGUCAGCAACUUUGCAGACGAGUUCACGGAAAUGGACCCCACCUACUCCCCUGCAGCUCUGCCUCAGAACUGUGACCGCAUCUUCCAGGGCUACUCUUUCAUGGCCCCCUCCAUCCUGUUCAAGAGGAAUGUGGUGAUGGAUGACCCUGUCCAGCUGUGUGGGGGCUCUGAGAGGCCGGGCUCCGCUGCGGUGGCCCGCAGCGCCAUGAUGAAGGACUCACCCUUCUAUAUGAGUUAUGAGAUGGACUUGAAGGACAGUGCUUUGGGAGAAGGUAGCUUCUCCAUCUGCAGACGGUGCACACACAAGAAGACAGGACAGAAGUAUGCCGUCAAAAUUGUCAGCAAGAGGAUGGAAGCACAGACUCAGCGGGAAAUUGCAGCCCUGAAGCUUUGUGAUGGCCACCCUAACAUUGUCAAGUUACAUGAAAUUUACCACGACCAGCUCCACACAUAUCUGGUUCUGGAGCUGCUCGGCGGAGGUGAGCUGUUGGAGAGGAUCCGCAGAAAGCAACAUUUCAGCGAAACAGAGGCCAGCCGCAUCAUGCGCAAACUGGUGUCCGCCGUCAGUCACAUGCAUGACGUAGGAGUGGUGCACAGGGACCUUAAACCGGAGAACCUGCUCUUCACAGACGAGAGUGAGAACUCCGAGAUAAAAAUCAUAGACUUUGGCUUUGCUCGCCUCAAACCACCAGACAAUCAGCUCCUGAAGACUCCCUGCUUCACCCUGCAGUACGCUGCACCAGAGAUACUCAAAUAUGACGGCUACGAUGAAUCCUGUGACCUGUGGAGUCUGGGGGUCAUUCUGUACACCAUGCUGUCUGGCCAGGUGCCUUUUCAGUGUCAGGGGAAGAGCCUGACCCACACCAGUGCUGAGGAAAUUAUGAAGAAAAUCAAACAGGGGGACUUCUCUUUUGAAGGAGAGGCCUGGAGAAAUGUGUCCCAGCAGGCCAAAGACCUGAUACAAGAGUUGCUGACGGUGGACCCAAACAAGAGGAUUAAAAUGUGUGGUCUGCGUUACAAUGCCUGGCUCCAGGACGACAGCCAGCUCUCCUCCAACCCGCUCAUGACCCCGGACAUUCUGGGCUCCUCCACUGUCUCCGUCCACACUUAUGUCAAAGCUACCUUUAAUGCAUUUAACAAAUGUAAGCGUGAAGGUUUCCGCCUGCAGACUGUGGACAAGGCGCCGCUAGCCAAGAGGAGGAAGAUGAAAAAGACAAGUACCAGCACAGAGACCCGCAGCAGUUCCAGUGAGAGCACCCAUUCCUCGUCCUCCUCCUCCCAGUCUCAGGAGAAGACUUUCCCAGAGGGCGACGCCAACCCGCAGCCCUCCAACAGCACUCCUCUUACCACCCCUGUUAACACACCCGUGGCCCUGGGAACGGACUCUGAGCACCAAGCAGCGCCUCCAGCCUUUCACUUCUCAGAAGGACAGUGAGCCAGCCAGAGGAAAAGGGAGAUUUAGACAGUUUCAUGGACAGCAGGAAGGUUCAGACCAGUGUAGAGACAGCUCUCUUCUCUUUCUCUCUGUCCCUGGCAGCUCUCUGCCUCUUGCUCAAUUGCAUGGACGUCCGCAUGUCUCCGAAACCAAGCAUGCAGCAGGAGCGGCAACUGUCACCUCAGUAUCAAUCAAUCAGUCAUUACUAGCAAUAGCCUAUCUCUCUCUUUCUCUUUCAUUUUCACACACAGACUGUAUCAAUCAGGGACUGGACCAGGAAGAAGUUGUCACCGGUGUCCAAAAUGAAAAGGGCUGCCCUACUGCCGCAGGUCCAGACAGACAAUGGAGAGACACCUUUAGUCUCAUCAUAAAAUCCCAGCUGUGUCUGCUCCAUUUACCUGUCUUUGUCGAUGCCUCCAGAGGUUUUAAAGGGAAAGUCGUAGUGUUUACACCACGGAUGCUUUAUACUUUUUUUGUCAAGGGGAGAGAAGAAAUGCAGUGUGCUGCAGCCUAACGUAACGUGGGUCCACUUCUCUUUUCCGAGAAGUCUCUGCAAGAUGGAGCAGGGUAUUUAUAUGUGAAUUUUACAGACUGAAAUUUAUUUAUGAUAAGCUAUAUUGUUAACUUAUUUAUGGUUCAGACUGAUCUGAAAAGAAAUAACAGAGACAGUGAGUCUUUAAAAAAAAUAUUUUAUGUAUUUGUGUAUGUUGUUCCCUAUCAGCUCCAUGUAGUCAGAUGGGUUGGUCAUAUCUCUUUGUAAACUUCAGACUUCAAUGCUUCUAGUUUUUGAGACACAGUCAUGUAGACAUUGUAAGAAUAUUAUAGGCAAGAAGAGAUUAACAGCAUUAGCCACUGGUUAAUGGUUGUAAACCAAUUUGUUGAAUUUAUGUAACAGACUUUUAAAUUUAUUUAUAGAGCCUAGUGAAUUUUGGGGUUCAGCUGUAGCUGUGUCUAGUGGUCAAAAAGCCAGUUUCCUUACGUAUAAGGAUUGAAGAAGCAAAAGUGUAAACAUCUUUCUUUGUAGAAACAACCAAAUGUGGAUGUACUAUGUUCAGCCAAAUCUGUGGUUUUAUUGUUGUAUGGGGAAUACUGCUGCCUGAGGGGAUGUGACCCUACAAGAAGAAUUAUUUUUGCCUCAUAUGUGGGAGUAUGACUACUUCAAGACUCAGCACUGCUGCUGUUCCACAUGGUCUGAUCCUCAAGUCAGUAUUUAGCCCAGCACUGGAUUUGCCUUGUGUGGUGUAAAACUUAAUUGUCUCAUUAUCGCUAUGACCAAUUGGAUUGAGCAGAAUGUCCCAAAUGGAAAAUUUAGAUCAGCUUAAUGCGGUGAGGUGAAUGCGUCAGGAAGUGUGAGGUUGAGUUUUCUGAGAUCCAAGAUGCCAAAGGGCAGCUUCAAGUGGCUUCUUUUUUUUUUUUUUUUUCAGAAAAAGCAAGAUAAAAUAAUUCAGAAAAGGAAAGGUUUAUGUGCCAAAAAAAAUUAAUUGUAUCAGGUCGGGGUCACGUUUGAGCCACUGAGUUUAAGGGUGGUGAUACAUUAGGAUAUUUUUAAGGCAGUGUCGUGCAAAAAGUUGCCCUUUGUGGCACUGCCUUAAGUCUUAAAACUACAUCAAAACUUCUACUCUUCAAGUUUCUUAGGACAGACCUAUAAGAAACACUGCUUUUACUUUCAACACCAUCCCUUGCUCUAUUUACCGUUGUCGUACUGCAUGACUGAAGUGGUGAUCUUUGCACUGUGUGACAUCUCUCACUUUGAGGCAGAUAUCUGGUUAGUAUUAUGUCCCCAGUGCAUGAUGUGAAUGGAAACAUCGGCCUGUUCUUUUUUUUUUUUUUUUUUUUUUUUUUUAAAGGAGAUUCUUACUUGAUUUAUUGUGAGUUUGUUUACUUGCAUAUUUGAAUAUCCCCGAUUUGAUUCGGGAUUUAACGUUUAACGUUUGAAGUGUGAUGGAUGUAAACACCAAAACCCCUUUUACAAUAGCCUGAAUAUUGUAAUGUCCCAACCGGCGUUAGCCAAAUAGUUAGGUGAUUAAAAUGCCAUGCUCUGUUGAUUUUUUUUUUUUUUUUUUUUUUUUUUUUGCAAGUAUGUGUUAGUCUGUAUCCAUGGUAAUAGUUCUGUACUGUGUUCUGUUGUACAGGGGUGUUUGUGAUCAGUUCGUGAAGCUGCCUAGAAACAGUUUAUCCUGCUCAGUUAGGAUACACAUUCUUAGUUGGACUACUGUGUGCAUUUAAACACACUCCCUCAUCUUCUUCCAUUUUAAUGCACUCUGAAUCUGAACCAAAGCAUUAACUUCAAGGUAGCUGCUCUAAGCUGCAUGAGAUAUUUCCUUUCAUGCAAAUAUGCAAUGAAAUGCUUCAUAUAUCACAGUUUCUGUUUGUUUUGUCCAUCUGGUGAAAUAAUUUAGUAUUUUCUAGCACAGAUUCUUUUGUAACAGUCUGUUUCUUUGGAGAUUCUUUACGGGAUCUGUAAUAUCCAUAUCCAGCACAUUAUCAUGCUUAAAACUAUGCAUCUAUUUUCGCUGUCGUGUUGCUUUUGCCAUUUCAAGAAGACCUCACCAAAUGGCUUCAAAUGUAGUGCUUUAAAAGGCGUAACACGAUGUACAUAUACUGUACUUUUACUCCAGCAGCAUCAGCCACAAUAGAAGUAGUAAAGUAGGAUCCAUUGCCCGGAUGAAAAGCUGGAAUUCUUGGAUCUAAACACUACAAAGCUCUUGUCUAACGUAGUUCGCAUGAGUUCCCCCGUUGCUGCCUCAUUAAGCCUCUUUUCUUUGUUUGGGUGUAUUAAUAGCUCAAGUGGAGGAAGAGGAAGAGUGUCCUAUAUUGAGCUCCCCUCUGGGAGCCAGGCUCUAUUAGCUGAUGUGCUGCAGUGCUGUUUGUUCCAAAGAAAAUACCGUACUCCACUCACUGCCUCUGUGGGACCCAGCUCACUUUCUUUGUAGGGAAAAUACCAGUGUAUCACAGGAAAGGGUUGGUUUAGUACCAGCAUCUCUUGGGGCUGAUUUUCUAACUAGGUCCCCCCCACCCCUCCUUUGAUGAACAAUCAGUGUGCAGUUUGCCAUUCUUGAGCAAAGAGGGAGGGAGAUCUGAGGUCCUGUUGUCUUUGGUACAUUCUUGUGUCCUGGAAUUUGAAUGAAAGUUCUUUGAGUGCAUACAGUGCUUCCUCGAUUUUUUAAGGUUGAAAGCACCCCACUUGAUGAGCUAAACCUUUAUACCUUCUUGCAACCUUGAUUAGAGAGCUGAUAGAUCGAACUGUUUUGUGUAAACCAGCGACUCUUGUUGUACAUUUUAGAGUAAAGGGAUCAGGCUCGGGAUGCUCCUGUGUGCUGUUGUACCUCUGUGAGUGGUUUCAUGUACGUGCUUAAGAGACAGAUGUGCUUGCCAGAGCUGAAAGUGACAUUUUGCAUGGAAAACAACACCACUUAGUUAGGUGCAUGCGGUUGUCUUUGAAAGUGAUUUUGAACAGAUGUGGCUGGUGUGGUUCUUUUUGGUCAGGUCUUAGUAGGGAGAUCCCAUGGAGCUGUCCACGGUGCUGAAAUGGCCAAACCUCUGGUUGUUAACAGUUACAACAAUAUGACCCUUUAAAGCAGUGAUUCCCAACCAGGAGGGAACUCAGGGGGAACUUAGAAGAAUUGUGAAGUAAAUCAGCUAAUUUGGGAAAAAAAGUAGAACGCUUAAGGAGGAAAAUAAAUCCACAGAUAGUAUUACAUGCCUGUAUGUAGGAUAAUUGUCACAUUUUCCAAUAAACCACCGGUUGUGAAAAUCUGGCUGCGUAGUCAGUUGUUACAUUUUCUAGAUAAACGGUUGAAAUGACCAGCUUCUACCACUCCAAUUGGUAGCGAAUGUAUGAAUGUAAAUUUGACCAGAUAAGUAUAAGAAUAUACAGUUUUAUAUAGUUAAUAAUUUAAAGUAACAUCCAGUUUAAUAAAUAAAGUGUGUGUACUUCGACAAAAAAACUAAACAAAACACUGCUCUAAAAGGUCUGUUCCCUAAAAAUUACAAAAUCAACCAAACAAACAAAAAGAAAGAGAAAAUAUGGGUUUUUGGGGAUAAUUCAAACGGACUGAGCAUUUAAUUUUUCUGUAUGGGGAAAUUCUUUUUUCCCCCUCUUUCCAGAGAGGCCAAAGCACAUGGUCAGCUACAGAACUGUCGACUUGCUCGAAGACUCUCUAGCAAGUUGGGUGCUUGUUGACAUGUUUACAGCUUUAUUUAGCCAGUAUUGAUCUAUGUAAUGUUGGUGACAGACAUUAAUGCUACAUGAAAAAGUUAAAAGUUUUUAUGGUUAUAUUUUUUUGGGAAGGAAACUUUGAUGCUUUUGUGUACACAUCCUGCCAGUUUAGGCAUCAUCAUCAUCAUCAUCCUUGUCGUCGUCAUCACUGCUAUCAUGUUCAUGCAUGUGCUACUGCUUGAUUCCUGUCAACCUUUUAAUCUUGUUUGAUUCAUAUCAUUACUGAAGCGUGUCAAAAGUACUGUAGCAGUGAAUCCCUUUGAGAUUGGUCAACGUUAAACUGUUUCAAAACACGCAAUCAAGCUUUAAGGGCAAAAAUUUGCACUUGUAUGUUAUUUUUAUCAUGCAAUUUAUUUUUCUUUU